AGGCUCGAAUUCAUUUGAUCAUCUUCAGUUUCACCAAGGUCCAAGAAGUCAGCGCGGUCUGUUAACGCUACUAGAAUGCGUGCAACAUAUUGCUCUUGCACGGGCUCACAUCAUCAAUGCGCUAUUUUUUGGCAUUUGUUACCUCAAUCGUUAAUAUUGGACUGUAUAGUGUCACAAGAAUGACAAUGUGGCGAGUUAUCAGUGCCACUUUGAUGAAAAAACAUAUACUCCGCUAACUUUUGAUUCGUCACGCAAAUUGAUGGAGUCUUACUAAGUCUAGGACGCACAGCUGGGGUGAUCAAUCACCGGUGCAUGGAAAUCAUUUUUGGCGAUAUAAGCGCUCAAUCACGGUGGUAACCGUAUAACUAGCACGAGUGCCAUCGUCAUAUCACCCACACCCCAUUUUCUGACCAUAUGAUCAUAGUCCCAGGUGACCCCAUAUUAUGGCCGACUAUCAAUGCAUACCGUUUUUCGAGCUAUUUUUCAGUUGCCGCCUUUGUUGUAAUGAUAUAUGAUUUGGCCCUUACAUUCGGAAAAGAGGUUGAACUGGUCUGGAUGCAACACUGGACCCUAAUGACAGUCUUGUAUCUCAGCGUACGCUACCUUGGAAUCUUAUAUCCUGUCCUGUACAUGCUUGGCAAAAUUCAGACCAUCUCGCUGACAAAUACUGUGAGCUUCAUGAUGUACGUUGUACAGAGCUGGACAGGUGUGUUGGUAUUUUCAAUGCUGUGGGUCAUCAUCAUCACUCGAUUGCAUGCCAUGUAUCAACGGUCAAGAAAGAUCCUGAUAUUUCUCGUCGUCACCUUCCUGGCUGUCAACAUUUUUGAUGGAGUGGUAGUCAUGACGGAAAUGAUGCAUACUUCAGGAGAGGAACUCGUUCUCUCCGGCACCCAUCAGUGCUCGAUUGGAUAUACAGGGCAUAGCAACAUGUUGAUUCCUGUUGCUUGGAUAGUCUCCAUUUUGUGGGAGGUCCUUACGCUGUGUCUCGCCAUCUGGAUUGCGGUAAAGCACUUCCGUGAACUGCGACGACAUUCGGCAGCAGGGUUUAUGGGGGACUGCUUCACGGUAUUGAUGAAGACUCACGUGCUUUACUUUGCGAGCUUUGUUGCUGUUUGCUGCUUCGGGCUCGUUCUUAAUUCCUCUCCAACACUCCCAACGGACCAAAAUUCCCUAAAAAGCUACCCCUUUGAUGGUUUGCUUCAAAUUUUGGAGGUCGUGCAGAUGUUUGUGCUGGGACCACGCCUCAUCCUGAGCGUUCGAGAAUAUAAUGCUAAGCUCAAGACCGAUUACGACACGGUAACUGACAUGACCUCAAUGGCUUUCCAGGAGCGCGUGUAUAUAUUGACUGGCAGUGGUGUAUAGCACACGAGUUGUCCGGUGCUCUCCGAAGAGCAGGGGAUUUUAUUUUUACUUAUUCCUACUUUUGCGAUGUUAUUAAUUUCAUUUAUUUGGUGUUCCGAGGUAGAUUUCAAGGGCACAGGUCUGGGCAAAGUUUUCAUCGUAGUAUUGCUAUAUGUGCCAGUGCUGACGAUGUUUAAACCAAGAUCCUGAAUUCAGCAACCCGUCCUCGAUUCAUCUUCUCGUCUUGU